CAAGUCAUCUCCUGCAGACUGUUUAGUUGAUGUUCCUACGUGAAUCCUUCUCUACUUAUCUACCAGUUUUAUACAAAACUCGACAUCGAUAACAGAGAUAAAUACUUUUAAGAUAUUGAGUUCAGAAAAUUUUUAAAAUUGAAAUGAUAAGAAUUUUCAAAGUGCAGUUUUAUUGUACAGGGUGUCCCAAUAAACAUGGGAAUUCAGUGGCAAAUUCGAUAUCGUCUUCUUAAAUAAUUCGUUGAUUUAGUAUAGUGAUACCUACUGAGAAAGCUCUAAUCCGUAUGAAUUUCGUCUGCUAAGUUUAUAAUUAGUUUGUUUAUUUUUUGACUGCAUACGGUUGUACUUAGUAAAACAAGAAAAUGACAGUAUAAAAAGUCUUCACUGUUCAUCUUGCGGAGACAUUAUAGACAGAUCUUUACACAUCUUUUACUCUGUUCAUAAAAUAAAUUCUAGCAGACAUGAUACUAUGGCUUUUGAAAUUAGGUAUUACAAUGCUAAUUCAUAACAAUGACGAUAUCAAAUUUGUUACUAAAUUCCCAUGUUUAUUGGAACACCCUGUAUCUUAAAAGUGCAUUUUUUGGAAUCAAAAAAUUAAUGCAAAUUCAAAUUAGGGGCGUUUGCAGGGUGGGUUAAUGGGGGUUUGAGAUGGUUUAGUGAAAUAUAUCUUUUUAAGGGGGUUUAAGCCCCCGAUCACGACGGGUGCUCACUACCCGAAAAUUCCUGUGUACGCCCCUGGUUAAAAGUUAAAAUAAUUUAAAAACGUGUUCGUUAAUCUUUUUAAUGAUUAACGUAAACCAUUCAAAAAAAACCUUGAACUAUAAUUAUCAUUAUUAGGUGGAUCUUGAUUUUUGAAAAUGAAUAAAUUUCAAUGUUUGUCUUUUAUCUGUGUUGCCUUUGCUUCAAGAACUACCAGUAAGGAAUGUUUUAAUGGAGAACUAGCUGCAAAACAACUUAGAAAAUGGGCCCUGAGAGAGGGUUCAAAUCAGGAGAAUAAAAAGAUAGAACUCUAUGAUACAAAUCUUACUUUAAUUAGGAAUGGUCCCUCCAAUCCGACCUGGUAUAUAGCUGCUCAUGGCUGGGAGGGAAGCUUCUACUAUACUUCAUUUGACUCUCAAGAUAGACCUGGAGAUUUAUGUGAAUCAAGCACAUCUGGAGAUUUAGAGGAUUUAAAGGAAUGUCAAAUAUCAGAUAAAACUUUAUCUGGGGCUUACCUUUAUCCAGACUUCUACACUGCUGUGGUGGGACUUUGGCAGAAUCAUUUGUUAAUUCAGGGUCAAAUUACAAAAUUACACCAAGCUUGUAAGUCUGGAAAUUUGUGGAUUCUAGAUUUUAAAGAAUCUUCAGAAUCUAAUAUCAAAUACUCUCCGCCAACUCAUUACAGUUUAGGUGUUGACCCUCUAGAGGUUGACCCAUAUGAGAGUAGAACAGUUGAGGUUAGAAACAGUUCAGUGGAAGAUACUUCAGCUGGACAAGGACUGUUUACUAAACGAAAUAUAAUUAAAGGUGAAGUGUUAGCUUUUUACAAUGGAUAUAUUAUUUUUUGUAAUGCUACCACCAGACCACUGAACAGACAAAGCUUUAGUAAAGAAGAGGAACAUAUACGGAAUACGUAUCGUAUGUUUCAUCAUCAAGAGGAAGUAAAAGAUAACUAUUGUAUAGAUCUUCCACCAGAGCUCGCUAAUCUUCAAAGGUAUAAUGCUACCCUGGGACAUAAAGUAAAUCAUAGUUUCCAACCUAACUCUGAGUUCCUUCUUUUUCCUCUUCAUCCGAUCCUUGGUACUGUCAUGUCAUUGGUCGCAACCCAGGAUAUACAAGCUGAUCAAGAGAUACUGGUUGAUUAUGAAUAUUAUGUUAACGAAGAUCAACUGGAAUCUCAACCAGACUGGUUUAGAAAACUAUGGUUACAAGAGAAACAAAAUAAAGAAAUCAAGCAUGAAGAACUAUAAAUGUGUAUAAAACAAAUCUGAAAUAAUAUAAAUUGAGUUUAUGUCGAA